AUGACCCUCCUCACACCUCCCACCGCAACCGCCUCCACCCGCACCGCCAUCCUCCUCCCCACCCUCCAGCAACUUGCCUCCCACGGCAUCCUCCGCGGCUGGCGUAACGAGACCUUCCCCCUCUAUGGGCCAGACGGGACCAUCAUCCUGGAAAUAGAACGCGCCGCAAGCGCCCUCUUCGGCAUAGUAACCUACGGCGUGCAAAUGCUCUGCUACACCGACGACGAAGUCUCCAGCACGCCGCACCUCUGGAUCGCCAAACGCUCCUCCCUUAAACAGACCUACCCCGGCAUGUUAGACACCACUGCCGCGGGGGGGCUAAGUACGAGGUUGCCACCGAGGGAGGCCAUCAUGCGGGAGGCGAGCGAGGAGGCGGGAAUCCCAGAAGAGUUGAUGCGGAGGGAGAUGAGGUUUGUGGAUCGGAUUUCGUAUUUUCAUGUUAAGAAGGAGAACGUUGGCGGGAUAGGGAUGGUGGAGCUGUUGCAGCCCGAAGUGGAGUAUUUGUAUGAGUUGAGGCUGGGGAAGGAGGUGGUUCCAAGUCCGGCAGAUAGUGAAGUGGAGGAUUUUAGGCUGUGGGGGGUACAGGAGGUGAAGAAGGCGCUAGGGGAGGGGAGGUUUAAACCGAAUAGUGCGGUGGUGGUGGUGGAUUUCUUGCUCAGGCGGGGGUUCUUAGAUGGUAGUAACGACGAUGGGGAGAGAAUUCGGCGGAGGUUGCAUAGGGGGUUGGAUUUACCGGUGGUAGAUCAUGAGGAAGAGUAUAGUAGUGUUCCAAUAUAG